GCAAGCCAUCCUAAUAUUCCUUGAAUUCCCAUUGUCAUAAACCACGAACCUCACCCGUGGUGUUUCCUAGUCAUUAUUGCUUUCUUAGUUGAUAGAUUUACUCCUUUCCUUCUUCUUCUUCUACCUCUUUGUUUGAAAUGGCAAUCUCUGCAAUUGGAUUCGAGGGUUACGAAAAAAGACUUGAAAUUUCAUUUGCUGUCCCAAGUUUCUACGCUGAUCCUAAUGGGCAAGGUCUUAGGUCUCUAACUCGAUCACAGUUGGAUGAAAUUCUUGGUCCAGCUGAAUGUACUAUUGUUUCUUCCUUAUCAAAUGCCCAUGUUGAUUCCUAUGUGCUGUCUGAAUCAAGCCUUUUCAUCUUUGCAUACAAACUAGUGAUAAAAACAUGUGGAACUACUAAACUGCUUUUAUCGAUCCCACCCAUCUUGAAUUUGGCUAAUUCCAUUUCGCUUAAAGUUGAAUCUGUGAGAUACACUCGUGGAAGUUUCAUUUUCCCUUCUGCUCAGGUCUACCCACAUCGUAACUUCUCUGAAGAAAUUGAUGUUCUCAAUAGCUACUUUGGAAAACUUGGUUUUGGUAGCAAUGCUUACAUAAUGGGAGACUCUGAUAAGCCACAGAAAUGGCAUGUGUACUCAGCCUCAUCAGCUUUACCCGCCUUAACCAACCCAAUCUACACAAUGGAGAUGUGCAUGACCGGUUUGGAUAAAGAGAAAGCAUCUGUGUUCUAUAAAAACCAAUCUGGUUCUGCUGAUGUCAUGACUAAAAACUCUGGAAUAAGAAACAUCCUUCCCAAUUCUGAAAUAUGCGAUUUUGACUUUGACCCUUGUGGGUAUUCGAUGAACUCUAUUGAAGGAGAUGCAAUCUCGACUAUUCAUGUUACUCCAGAAGAUGGUUUUAGUUAUGCGAGCUUUGAAAUGGUCGGGUAUGACCCGAAAGUUGUGAGUAUGGAGAGUGUGAUUGAGAGGGUUUUGUCUUGUUUCGGGCCGAAGGAGUUCUCUGUAUCAGUUCAUGCUGAUGUUGGUGAGGAAAUGCUGGAGAAGACUUGUUCUAUGGAUAUUAAAGGUUAUAGCAUUGAAGAGAAGAGCAAUAAUAACGAGCUUGGUAUUGUUUACCAUAAAUUUGCUAAAUCUACUGGAUCUGAAUCUCCUAAGUCUGUUCUGAAAUGUUGGUUGAAGGAGAAAUAAAAAAGAAGAAGAUGAAGAAGAGGAGUUAAUCUUUAGGUUUGAUUUCAUUGUUUCUGUUUUCGUUUUCAAUAAAGCAAACCAGUAAGGUUUUGCAAGUUGUUUCUUUUAACUAUUUAUUUGCUGUAUUGAAUGGAGUCUUAAGAGUUGGAGAUUGAGAGAAUCAUCAAGAACUUGAUUGUUUCUCUUGAAUCCAGUUUGAAGUAUGAAUUUCAAGAGAUUAUUGUUUUUCUAGUUUUAAUU